AUGCCAACCGACAAACAGAAAAUGCAGUCUCUCCAGGCGCUCCGUUCACAAUUCUCACAGGCCCUCAAAGAAUUGGCAUCGUCAACAUCGUCAUUUCGCAUUCUUCAAAGCAUUCCAAGCUCCCAUCCGCCUUCAUCGUCACUGGUCAGCACGCUCUUCGUCCUGGACUCAAGUUUCAACCCUCCGUCAAAGGCACAUUCUAGGCUGGUCAAGUCAGCCUUGUCAACAACACGGCGACCCACUCCUGAAGAGUCACCAGCACCAGCACUCGCAACAGGGACGGCGUCGAGUCAUGCACCACCACCGCCGCCACUCACAACAAGGGUGCUAUUUCUCUUGGCCACCGUCAACGCGGACAAGAAGCCUAAACCGGCAGACUUCGAAGACCGACUAGUCAUGAUGACUCUCAUGGCGGAGGAGCUUCGAGAGGAGAUCUCCAAUCAGAUAUCGCCAUCAUCGUCACAACCACAGCCACAACAACCGGCCCCGGUAAUCGACAUUGGAAUCACCAAGGAGCCGUACUUCAUAGAUAAAGCGACGAGCAUCGCAGAAAGCAAUCUCUACACUACUUCUUCCUCUUCCAACCACCUCCAGGAUGACGCCGACGCCGACGUCGUGGAACAGGUCCACAUCACGGGGUUCGACACACUGACCCGGAUCUUCACGUCUCGAUACUACCCGAAGCACGACCCGCCACUGUCCGCAUUAGAACCGUUCCUGUCGCGCCACCGCAUCCACGCCACCGUCCGAGUCGAGUCGAGUUCCGCGAACGACGAUGAUCUGGAGUCCGAGUUUGGCACCGUCGAGAAGCAGAAGGGUUAUUGGGAACGACUUGCACGAGGUGCGUUGGAGGAUGAGGGGCUGAAGAGGGAAUGGAUGGACCAGGUCCAGCUGGUGGUGGACGAGAGUGGAGAGGCCGACGGCGUCAGCUCGACGAGUGCGAGGGAAUGUGUUAAGGGGGGCCAGAUUGAGAGGCUGGGGCGUUAUGUGGGUGAGGGUGUGAAGGAGUGGAUCCUGGAGAGAGGGCUGUAUCGCUCGUGA